AUGGGUUUAUUUGGUAAAUCACCGGAAAGAAAUCCCAAGGAAAUGGUAAAUGAAUGGUCUCACAAAAUUCGAAAAGAAGGAUAUAAUUUGGACAGACAAAUAAGAGCCAUUCAAAGGGAAGAGGAAAAAGUUAAAAGAUCUCUAAAAGAAGCAGCGACCAAAAACGACAAACAAGUAUGUACAAUAUUAGCAAAAGAAAUCAUAAGAUCAAGAAAAACUAUCAGCAAAAUAUACACAAGCAAAGCACAUCUUAAUUCUGUACAAAUGCAAAUGAAAAAUCAACUCGCAACUUUAAGAGUGGCUGGAUCAUUGCAAAAAUCCACCGAGGUGAUGCAAGCAAUGCAAGCUCUUGUCCGUUUACCAGAAAUCGCAAGUACGAUGCAGGAAUUGAGUAAAGAGAUGAUGAAGGCUGGCAUUAUCGAGGAAAUGUUGGACGAUACUAUGUCCAACUUGGAGGAUGAGGAGGAAAUGGAAGAAGCGGCACAGAGUGAAGUUGAUAAGGUUUUGUGGGAGUUGACCCAGGGCAAGUUAGGGGAAGCCCCCGCGCCGCCGACAGCGGAGGCGCCCUCUACCAGCAAGGAACCCGAGGAAGAUGAAACGGAACUGGAUGAAAUGCAAUCGAGACUUGAAGCCCUCCGAUCAUAG